CUACGCGUAUAUAGCAGUGUGACGCGGGGGCAGGUCACUCCCUCGCGAGAUCUCUAGCAGGACGAACGUGUUGUUAACUACAGUGAUGGUGUUCAACGACUUUUUGACCGAGACGAGGAGGAAGUGGUUGCAGGCCUUCAAAAUAUUCAAAGGCAAGGACAAGAAAAGCAACAAUCGUGUCUCACCAGAUCCAUCCAUAUCGGCAACCGUCGAAGGAGAUGUCGAUAUCAACUUUUGCGGAUGCCGUAAAAGCCUAACCCCAGUAAACCUAUCCGAAUAUUCAGAGACCACAUCAGAUUAUCACAGCAGCUACGCCAGCUACGGCAGUAACCACACAAGCCUACGUAGCUACGCGAGAUCUGUAUCAAACAGCGAUUCAGCCUACGAUUCUACGCGCAGUAGCCCGGCCCAAACGAGGCCUCCGUACUAUGCUACAGUCACAUACUUAAAUGUCAAUGACUCCGAGGAUAGUUCGAGUAUACACACAGAGUAUACUAUGCUAGAUUACGAAGAUUCUGAGGAUGAAGAUCAACAGAACAUGAUUAACGAAAGCAUUGAACACGGUGCCUUAUGAAUGUGCCGUUUUCGGAAUAGUUAUGGUAUAAUAGUGUGAAUGAGGGCUAAUUGUCCUUAGUUGAAAGUGGAGUGACGUUACACGAAAGAUUGUAUGGGACAUUGGUUAUUUGUAACAUGUUUAUUUAACGAAUAGUGAUGCAUACUAAAAGUAGAAAACUUGUGCACAAGUUACAAAGUAAAUGACGUACGUUGGAUGUUUUAAAUAUAAUAAACUAAAUUAUUUAGUUUUAUAAUAUAUGUACAUAAUUUUUAGUUCGAAUACAAUUUAAAUGUCAACUAGAACUGUCCUCGCGAAAUUCGUUUCGCCUUAAAACGAUUUUACUUAGCAAGGAUUGAGUAGUUACAUACCAACAUAUGGAAUAUUUUGCUAUGCUACCUGAUAGAGACCGUUCUCUUUUCCGGAAUAAGAACCUAAGUACUAAAUAUAACUACAUUUUUCAAUUUUGCACUUCAUAAUAUAUACACGAUCGGGAUCAGCCGUCUUCGAGGUUUGUGCUUAGCUACAUUUCAUUUUAAUUGAUAUACUUAAAGCAUUAAUAAUCCCAAUAUGAAUUAUACGACGAAAAUAACAUUUAAAUAACUAUAUUACGUAAGAAAUUACGAGCCAAUUAAUAUAUUAAACAAUUGAUAAGGAUAUUCGAUCACCAAAUUGUUGUUUAACUAAAAUAUUUUACUUAUGAAUGUGCGUGGAAUUAAGGAAAUCAUUAAUGGAAUAUACGUAAAUGUAUUCUAUGGGAAAUCACAUUCAAUUAUUCCUAGGGAAUUUGUGUUAUAUUAUUGAUUGAUAAAUAAUACAUAUGAACUGGAAUAAAUGAAACAAUAGAAAUGUAAAUAUUCAUCUCGAUAUUUUAAGCGGUAAAUGUUGAAUUGAAAUUCACAAUUUUUCGGUAUCACCACUAUUUAUAAUAGAACGAAUUCAUAACUUCUCUGUUGAUGAGUCGUAGGAAUGUGAUACAAUUUCGUAUGGAUUGUAAGAGGUAGCGGUAGCAGGGCUAUUUUGUAAAACAAAUUCCGAUUUCCAAAGAUUAACGCAAAAUAGCACUCACUAAACUUAGACUUUAGAUUAAAUAAUCUCUGUUGAAGUUGCAGGAUAAUACUGCAGUAUAUGAUUUGUAUAU